AUGUUGCUUCUGUUCAUCAUGGAGGCUCUAAUGUUCAUGAGGGUCCUAUCGCUCUUGGAGGCUCCACAGCCCAACGAGGUCCAUGUCCCCUUGGAGGUCCAAUUGUUUCACGUGGUCCUGAAGUUCUUGGUAGUCCUACUGUUCAACAAGGCUCUGAAAUUCCUGGAGGUCUUACAGCCCAACGAGGUGCUGAAGCUGCUGAAGGCCCUGGUGUUCCUCAAGGCUCUGAAGUCCGAGGAGGUAAUGGUGAUGCAAUGGAGGGCAGCGGUGGCCAUCCACCAUCUGGACCUGAUCGUUCUGGAAAUUCCUCUCAGUCCCAUGCGAAUGCACCCGGUGGAGGUGGUGAUGAUCCUCCCAGGCAUGGCGGCUCCGUGUUCGUCGGUGGUGCUUCUGGGGGGCAAGGGGGACCAGGAUGGCCAGGAGGUUUUGGAGGUGCAGGAGUCCAUCCGCACGGUUGACCUGCCAUGUCUGACUGAUUUGGGGGAGUCUGAGAUUGGUCCUUUGGUGGCGGGUGAUUGGCUGACUUCAAUUACUCCUUUGAUGAAGGAUCUGAGUCCUUCUUCGGCGACUUGGUGGGAUGCGGUGCUGACUGUGGCGGGUGAUUCAUACCAGACAUGGCUCAACAGUGAUCCAUUGACAAGACUGAGGAUCAAUCCUGUCACUCCACCAGCAUUUCUUAGGUCUCCGUUUGCUCGUGUUGAACAAAGGGCCCAAACCAUUUUGCUGAAGGCCAUUCCUGAAUCUCUCCGUUCUGAAAUCAUCUCGAAUCGUUCGAUUGGUUCCAUUCAGAUCAUCUUUCGGGUCCUGACUCGGUAUCAGCCUGGUGGUUUGGCUGAACGUACUACACUGCUGAAGCAACUGGUGGAGAUCAAAGCUCCAUCCAAUGUUGCUGGUGUGGUCAGUAGCCUCAGGUCUUGGAAAAGGUGGCUUGUUCGGGUUUCUGAGUUGGGAAUCAAUCCCCCUGAUGCCACUUUGUUGAUGUCAGCUUUAGAUCGAUUGGCCAAUGUCCUCACAAAAGGGUCACCUCAGACUGGUUUUCGUUUGAGUUCAGCCCGUGCCCAAUUGCAAGUGGAUACAUGCCCUUCUUUGCCCACGGUUUUGUCUUUUGCGGAUACGAUGAUGGCUGAAGCAGAGUCUCUUUUCCAUGGUGGCGCCACCUUGCCCAUUGAGGGAGUCAAGGUGAAAGCUCUUUCAUCUGAUCAAGAUCCGGCUCCAUAUCCAGCACCAAAGGUGGGGUCGAAGGAUGAUCAAAGCGGGGCCAAAGCGUGUCACUUUUUUGUCAGUGAUGGAGGAUGUAAGAAGGGUAAACAAUGUACGUUUCAACAUGUUUGGGGCAAUGUGAACGAAUAUGGUCGUUGCUGGAACUGUGGGUCAAACCAACAUCGACGUGAGAAUUGUCCUGUUGCUGAUCAACAAACAAAGGAUUCAGCUUUGAAGGACAACGGAACCCAAAAACCCAGUGUUAAGAAACAGAAGAAGCCUGCUGUCAAGAAGGCCGAGGGUGGAUCUACCCAGGCCAAAGAAGAUUCUGGCGCUCAGGAUGCUGCUCCCAAGAUUGAGGAGGCCACGACCUCGAAUGCUUCUGCGUCGUCUCAUGGGGCAUCCUCCCAGGAUCAAGUUGCUGGUCUUCUAGUAGAGGCUACUCACUUGCUUCGGUCUAUGAGGCCGUCUUUGAAGGCUGUGAAGUUGAGUUCGUUGCCUGCGGAUCGAUGUGGUCGUGCGUUGCUCGAUGGAGGAGCAACUCAUGCUCUUCGAACUGCGGUCUCUAAGGAAGAGUUCGACUCAGCAGUGCCUGUCCGUGUGGAGUUGGCUGCUGGAGAAGUUGUUCUUCGUCAGCUUCCGGGCUCUGAUGUUCUCAUCUCUGAAGAGGCCAUCCAGACGAUUGUGCCUCUUGGCAAGUUGAUGCUCUUAGGCUACUCCGUGUCAUGGGAUGUGGAUGGCUUCACUUUGAAAUCACCAUCCGGUGUAGUGAUUGACACGCAACUUGAAGGUGAUUGUCCGACGGUAGAUGAGUCCAUCGCUCUUGAGUUGAUUGCGGAGCUUGAGGUGCCUGAUGAGAUCUUGGUGCAGAUUCCACCAAGGAAGAAGUGGUCUGGUGACAGUGUUCCUUGGAAUAGACGAUGGAGAAAGCGUUUGCAAUCGUCGCCAGCGUUAGUGCUUCAUCUCUUUAGUGGAGGAGAUCCCAAGUUUUGGCAGGAGGGUUUGGCACCACAUGGUUUGACUGCACUGUGUGUUGACAAGUGCAUUGAUCCUGGACACGAUUUGUUGCGUGACACCACGUAUCAUUUUCUUAUGGACCUUUGUGAAUCUGGUCGUGUUGAAGCUCUUCUUGGCGGACCUCCUUGCCGCACUGUUAGCAAGUUGCGUUUUCGUUCUCCAGGUCCUCCUCCUGUUCGAACCCGUCAUGGGCCAGAAAGAUUUGGACUCAAGGAUCUCUCUUCGAAUCUCCACGAAAGCGUUCUGCAAGACACUGUUUUGUGGCUGAGGUAUGUCUGGCUCUAUGCCCUUGCUCAGGACAGUCGUGAUGCCAAGGUUGGUUUUCUCAAGGAGUCACCGGAAGACCCGGAAACCUACAAGAAGGAUGAUGAUCCAGUUGAAUAUCCUUCUUUUUUCUCUUGGCCCGAAUGGAGUUCCUUGAAGUCGAAGUACAACAUCUUUGAAGUGUCUUUUGAUCAGGGUCCCUUUGGCCAUGAGACCAAGAAGCCGACGCGCUUAGGCACAAAUCUUGGACUUCUUCGAGAAUUACACGGUGUCCGUGGCCCUGGCACUGGUGUCCAAGAUGAUGGUGCUACCAUUGAGCAGCGCAUCCAACGUUCAAGAAGGUGGGCAGCUUGGGCCCCGCAGUUAAAGCUCAAAAUCCUGGAGGCGGUGGUCGCAGAGUUCAAGGUGCCUCUUGUCAAGAAGCUCUCUGAGGCCCAGUGGCAACAACACCGAGCCAAUGACCAUCAGCCGUUUUCUUCUGAAUGCUUUGAUUGUCAGGUUGGGGGAGGUAGACACAAACCUCAUCUCAAGAUUCACAAUCCUGACACCUACACCUUGUCCGUCGAUGUUUGCGGUCCCUUCCAACAAGGACAUGAUCAGCUGAUCUCUAAGGCGAAGUAUGCUCUUGUGGGCGUCUUCACAGUUCCCAUUUCCGAGGAAGGUCAGAAGCUUUGUCCAACGCCUUGGGACUUCAUUCAAAUCAUCGAGAAGGAUGCCGAGGAGCCAUCACCUGAGGCUCCAUUCAGAAGACCUUCGGACUCUGAAGAUGUACCUUUCUUCCCAGAGAUCGAGCAUCUCUCGGCUGAGGAGUGUGCUGAGGGGGCGCUCUCUCCGGAUGCCCGGCCAGAGCCGGAUGGAGGUGAGGCUGAGAUUGAGGAGGAAGGAGGAAAGAAGGAUGGGGGAGAAGGGGAAGAUGGGGGUCAGAUUAAGGAAUGGGAAGACCAGAUCGAUCCCACCAAGAAGGUCUAUGUCAAGAACUUCACCCUGACUGAGAUCCUCUCAUCAAGAACUUCAACCUCUGUUCUUGCAGCCUUGAACAGAAUGGUGGCCAAGUUGACCUACUUAGGUUUCAGUGCGCGCCGUCUCCACAGUGACAGGGCAGCCGAACUUUCUUCGAAGGCUGUCACAAGAUGGGCUGAGCAGAAGGAGAUCUUCCGAACUUUCACGUCUGGAUCGGACUGGAAGUCCAAUGGAAGAGUUGAAGCUGAAAUAGGCAUGCUGAAACGUGCCGCCAACAUCGUCAUGAAGUCAUCCUGCGUGGAUCCAUCCUAUUGGCCCCUAGUUUUUCGACAUGCCGCUGAACGUCGCGGGCGUCUCCAGUUGGCUGAGUUGGGAAUGAGAACUGGAAAGCUUUUGCCUUUUGGUCAGGAGGUUGUCGUAGGGACCAAGAAGUGGGAGGACUUUCAAGGUCAUUGGAGGGCACGAAAGAAGAAGGCAUGGAUUCAAGGACCAGAUGUCAGCAUGUCGCUGACGAGUGGUGGUCACUAUGUAGUGGAUGAGGAUGGCAAGUACAUGCAUGCCACUGACAUUGCGUUGAAUGCCGGCCCACGUCUUAGAAUUGAAGAUGAUCCAAGUCCUCUCCCUGAGCUCGUUGAACUCUCUGCGAAGGCCUGUGAACAUUCCUUUGAUGAAGCCCCUCGACAUCGAGUUCAUGGCAAGCAGUCUUUGAAGUCUCUUGGACUCGAUGAAGUUUCAGCGGAUGAUCUUCAAGACCGACUCCAUCGAGGUUGUCACUUGGCCAAUGUUGAGGCCAAGAAUCUUGAGACCAACAUGGACACGGCGGACAGUGUCAUGUCUUCCUUGGCCGAUUUGGACAAGGAGAAUGGAAAGCUUGUGGCCUUUUUGAAAGCCAUCAAGGAGUACGAGGAAGGUGAAGUUGCUGAUGCUUGUGCAGCAGCAGUUCCCCCUGAUGAGUUCCUCCAAACCAAGACCUACUCUCUCCAUGAAGUUCGAAGAGAUGUUCAACCUUGGAUCGAGUCAAUGAAGGCAGAGUUUGAGAGCCUUCUCAGUCACAAGGCCAUUGAAGUGGUCACCAAAGAAUGUGCUGAACGUCGAAUGGAAGAAGCACGUCAAGUUGGAAAGCUUGUUGAGGUCAUCCCAGCCAAAGGUGUGUUCACCCGAAAGGCCGGCUCUGGUAAGAGAAAAACCAGGGUAGUGGCCUGUGGCAAUUGCAUGUCAGAGCGCGAGACUGCUGAUUUGUAUGCUGCCGGUCUGGAUGCAACCCAACUUCGCUGCAUCCUCAAGGAGUCCACCCUUCAGAACUGGGAGAUUGGUGUGUGCGACAUUCGCACGGCUUUUCUUUUGGCACCAACUAGUCAGUCCGAACUGAUUGUCAUUCAACCUUCUCGCAUCCUUAUCGACUGUGGUGUCAUCCCGGAGGGCACUAUGUGGAUUGUCACUGGAGCCCUUUAUGGUCUCACCACUGCUCCAAGGGACUGGGGAGGCUUUAGAGAUGCAACUUUGACGUCAUGCCGCUGGUCUGGCCUUUUGAAUGGUUGUCGGGUUCAAUACCAAUUUCAGCAGCUCUCUGAUCCCAAUGUUUGGCAGAUUCUCAGCACUGCAGACGGCUCUGAUUCAACAGUAUGUGGAUAUCUUGCGGUGUAUGUAGACGACCUAUUAUUCGUUGGUCCUGAUUGUGUCAUUGAUGAUGCUUUUGCCAGGAUCCGUUCAAUGUGGGUCACUUCUGAUUUCGAGAAGGUGAGCUCUUCUUCUUCUUUGAAGUUUUGUGGAAUGGAGCUUCAUCGCACCCCUGAGGGCCUGAAGAUCCACCAGGAGUCCUAUGUCCAUGAACUCCUUCAGCGACAUUCUGUAGAGAUAUCAUCCCCCUACGUUCGACUUCUUGAUGAUCCAGCUCCAGUUUCUGAUCCCUCCCCAACUGACGUCAAGAAGGCACAAGCUAUAGCUGGCGAAUUGCUUUGGGUGGCAGGUCGAUCUCGACCGGAUGUAGCGGCAGCCGUUCACAAGAUGAGUCAAUGGGUUACUCGAAAUCCAUGUUGGGCCAUUCAAUGUGGCUAUGAAGUCCUCAAGUAUCUGAAGCAUUCUCCCAACUUGGGCUUGGUCUACUCUGGUGUUCGACCUCGAGACCCUGAUGAUGAUCCACCGAAGUGUCCAAGGAAGGCGGGAUCCAUUGAAAUCCUUUCAGAUUCAUCGUUUGCUCCGUCCGGGGAGAAUAGCAUCUCUGGUUUGGUGAUUCUGUUUGCUGGAGACCCUGUUCAGUGGCACACUCAGAAACAGAGCCUUGUGGCUUUGAGUACAGCAGAAGCUGAGCUGUGUGCUAUGGUGGAUGCACUUCAAGCUGGACGUUCUGUGCGCAGCUUUGUAGAGUUGAUUCAUCCUGGUACUGACAUGGUGAUGUUUGGAGAUAACCGCGCAGCAUUGAUUCUUGCUGGCGGCCAAGGUGGCGGCUGGAGAACACGUCACCUGAGAAUCAGAUCAUCAGCUCUGACAGAUGCUUUGAAGAGAGGCGAACUACAGCUUUUCCAUAUGGCUGGAACACGAUUGCUGGCUGAUGCGUUGACGAAGCUGCUUCAUGCUGUUCCUCUUCGUCGAUUUUGCAUUGGAAUGGGCAUGGUCUCUCCAAGUUCCGAGAUGAAAGCUCUGAAGAGUUUGGAUGUGAAGCCAGUUUCAAGUACUGGCAUCAAGUCGAAGCUUGGUCAAUGUCUGGGCUUGCUGAUGUCGUGCCUAGCAUUUUUGCCUGAUGUUGGUGGUGUGUCCACCUCUGAUGAUGAGCCAUCUUCAAUGACUUUGGAUUGGCCGUUGCUUUUGAUGCUUGAAGAUCUGAAGGUCAAGGUUCUAUCUCAUGAAGCUGUCCUUCCAGCUCGGGCUUCUCGCGAUGCAGCUGGUUUGGACGUUUCCACGGUGGAGUCCUUUGUGUUGGAGCCUGGCGAGCGAAGACUUGUCUCAACUGGCCUUCAAUUGGAGCUUCCUCCUGGCACCUAUGGGCGUUUGGCUUCUCGCAGUGGCUUAGCAUCUGGUUUUGGUGUUGAAGUUGGAGCUGGGGUGAUUGACCCAGACUUUCGAGGAGAGGUCAAAGUGUUGCUUUUCAAUCAGGGCCACCACAAUGUCACGUUCAAUCCGGGUGAUAGGGUAGCUCAGUUGAUUGUUGAAAGGUUCUCAUGUGCUAGGGUUGUCCCUGUCAAUUCUCUUUCAACCACGAUUCGCAGCGCUGAUGGUUUUGGCAGCACUGGAGUGAGCUCUGCAGCUAUGGCAGCCGUGAGCAGAUCCAGCGCUUCUGUCACUGAUGGUGGUCUGCGAUUGAGAUCUUUGAGAACCUCAACCGAUGUUGGCUUUUCUGCUAGCAGCUCUGCGGCCAGCUCCGAUGCCAGAAGUCUGAGUCAACCGACUCAUGGAAGUGAGCCAGUUUCAUCAGAUCCGUUUUUUCCAUUCUGUGGCAGUUGGUUUGCUGGACCUGGUCAACUAAUGGAGACCGUGAUCCAAGCACGUUCUGAUGAGUUUCGUAGAAACCUUUUGCCGUUUGAUGAUUGGAAGUUCAAUAUCCCACCUGUGUCUUGUGCUGAUUCACGAAAUGAAUUUCUGAUAGAUGGUGAAGCGAUUUCAGUGUUCACCCACGGAAAGUCUCGACAGAAGCUGUUCGAUGUUAGAGUGGAUUCCGACCUUUUUCGACCGGUCAGAGUCACAUUGGCUUGGCAUUGUGAUGGGAAAGUACAGCUGACUGUAGAUCGUCGAAACGGUUACCACAGUGAACUUUUGGCUUCAAAGUGGCGUGGGUACACCAUAAUGUACCAUAAGAAGGCUUAA